CAGCGCCAUCGUUGAUGUUCCUGCGGAUUCUCUGCGCGUCUCGGAGCGCUGCGCCUGAGGUCGCUGUUCUGAGCGUCACGUCUCCUUCCUCCUUUCGAUUUUACAGAGAAAAUGGAGAAACACUACACGGAGUCUAAAGUCAAAGGAGUCAGCACUGGGACCACUAUCUUGGCUGCCAUAUUUGAUGGAGGGGUCGUGAUUGGAUCAGACUCCAGAGCUUCAAUUGGAGGGGAAUAUGUAUCUUCCAAGACCAUCAACAAGGUGAUCCAGGUUCAUGACCAGAUCUUCUGCUGCAUCGCUGGUUCUCUAGCAGAUGCUCAGGCUGUCACCAAAGCUGCAAAGUCUCAUCUGUCCUUCCACAGUGUACAGAUGGAGAGUCCUCCUCUGGUGAUUGCAGCAGCAUCAGUGCUAAAAGAGCUGUGUUACAAAAACAAAGAGGAGCUUCAGGCUGGCUUCAUCACAGCAGGAUGGGAUAGGAAGAAAGGACCACAGGUGUAUGUUGUGUCUCUGGGCGGGAUGUUAAUCAGCCAGUCUGUAACCAUCGGCGGCUCAGGAAGCACCUUUAUCUAUGGCUAUGUUGAUGCUAAAUACAAACCUGACAUGACCAGAGAGGAAUGUCAACAGUUUGCCACCAAUGCUCUUGCUCUGGCUAUGGGCAGGGACAACGUCAGCGGAGGUGUUGUUCACCUGGUGGUGAUAACUGAAAAGGGGGUGGAGCAUGUGGUCGUACCUGGAGACAAACUACCAAGAUUUCAUGAUGAAUGAACCAAUUUU